CUUCACCUACAUAUCCACAUAAUAAAGAUCGGAAUAUUCUCUCAAGAUGGGUCGUAGACAGAGGUUGAUCAGCACCUCUAUUCUUCGUGCAAUCUUCCGUACCAAAACUAAGGAUACUAAAAACCCGGGACUUCUGGCGCGCAUACUCGCGUUCUUCUCUAUCUUCCAACUUACGCUCUCACGUUAUCGGGAAGAGCUAUUCAAAAAGCUUCGUAAUGAGACAUGGCAAAUCGAUGAGGAAGAAUACACCGAAUCGUUUCGCUCACCGAGCCAUGGCAAGCGGACCGAUCUGGUCGCAGUUGGCGAUCUCGGGUACUCGGGUUCGACAUUCUUUACUACACCAAACUCCAAGUAUCUUCUUAAGUCGCUCCCACGACAGUUUGAGCAGUCGUUCUUUCGCCUGCGCCUCCUGGAUCCGUACGUGGAGCACAUGGAACUGAAUGAAACGUCUCUCCUCGUGCGGAUAACGGACUUAUUGUACACGCCCCAGACUACACUGGGUGCCAUACUAGGAGCGGCUCCAUCCCAUCAUAUCGUCAUGGAAAACAUCUUGUAUGGAAAAUCAAGUUGCGGUAAAGACGACCAGAAGAAAUGGGAGACCUACGACCUCAAACCUAACGAUUACUUCUUCCCCGAACGUGACGUAAUGGGAGGAAGGCUGGCUCCGGAGAGUGUAAAAGAGCGUCUCAUAGACGAGUUCCCGGACAAGGUCCGCGUUAGUGUGGAUGAGAAGGAAGAGUUGAUCGCCCAGUUGUCACGAGAUACGAAGAUUCUCCAGGACGCAAAUGCUGUUGAUUAUAGUUUAUUCCUGGUGAGGUAUCCAGCAUCUAUGACCCACGCUGAUGGGGGAGACGUACCUGUUCCGGCCGGUCGUCAAUCCUCCUGGCGCAAUGGGGUGCAAUCUCAGGACAAAUGGGUGUAUCGCGCUGUGCUUCUCGACUUCUUCUGGGCCAAGGAUGCGCUGCAAGCAAAGACCCUCACGGGACUGGUGAAAGCAUUCAACUUUCUAAAGGUUGGUAAGGAUCAUGGACCCAUGAGUAUCACCACAACCAGCGAUGAGUAUCGCCAGCGUUUUCUCAAGAUGGUCGAUGCGAUUGUGGAAGUGCCAGACAGUGCGGGCAGACCCUCUGGGGAGUUGAGAGAACCGGUUAUCAAGAGUAUGGAUCAUUUGAUUGAUAUCGGCGAAGUAUGAUGUAGACAUGUCUAUGUAUUCUGCGUCGUGGCUCAAGCGGUCCUUUGAUAUGGUUGGCGAAGAUACUUUUCUCAUUCAUCAUGAUACCCGAAUUUAUAUCGUUUACCACUAAGGUCACAGACUUUGUCUUCUUCAUGCGAAUUUGGAUUUUGUUUCAAACAAAUGAACGUGCUUUCUUUAAAUCAAGCGUUUACCAAUCAAUGUGAUUCAC